AAGACAAAAAUAAAAGUGAAAUUCUUGAAAUAUAAAAAGAUACAGAAGACACGAGAAGAAAGAAGAGACCGAUGAUUUAUAGAAGCCAAUUAGAUGCAUGAGGUUUGUUUUCCGGUGGAUCUUUCUGUCUUCACUCGCCUCAUUGCCACUCUAUUUUUCCUCGCCGUUGGUGUUUUUUACUUCCUCAGAAACACCGCUGCUAAGUACUUCGACAUCGGAGCCGCCGCCGCCGGAGGUUUCGACCGGGAAUUCGUGGCGGUGGAUGCUGAAGAUUUCUCUGUCUGUGGGGAGAAAUGCUCCAGCUGCAAAUCCUUUCGAAAUUGCUCAGAAGAGUGCCAAAGUUCAGAUUGGAGUUCACGUCAUCAAAGAAAAUGCAAGGAUGUUGGGAUUACUAGCUUAACCUCAUCUGCAAAGAAUGGCUUAAGGUUCAGAGCUUCUUCGUUUGGGAAUAGAUAUGCUUCUGAGGUUGCGCUGGUUUCUGAUCAGGGUCGAAACAAGAGUAUCCUCAAGCCAAGAGAAGUUCUUUUCCCGUAUGAAGAAUUUGUUGAAUAUUUUAACUGGGGCAGUUCAGAAUUGGCUCCCUGUGGGCUCAUGAAUUGUGGAAAUAGUUGUUUUGCCAAUGUUAUACUACAAUGCCUAUCGUGGACACGUCCUCUUGUUUCAUAUUUGCUGGAGAAAGGCCACAAGAGCGAAUGUAUGCUCAACAAUUGGUGCUUCUUCUGUGAAUUUCAAACCCAUGUUGAGAGAGCAAGUCAAAGUCGGUUCCCUUUUUCACCAAUGAGUAUUAUUUCACGGUUAACUAAUAUUGGUGGAACUCUUGGGUAUGGAAGACAGGAGGAUGCUCAUGAGUUCAUGAGGUAUGCGAUUGAUAUGAUGCAGUCAGUUUGCCUAGAAGAAUUCGGUGGAGAAAAAAUAGUGCCUCUUCGUUGUCAAGAAACAACUCUUAUCCAAUAUAUAUUUGGAGGUCUCCUUCAAUCACAGCUGGCUGCCCCCAUAGAGAAUAUAUGGAACUUGUUUUCCAGUAGAUUAAAAAACAAUCAAGAUCCUUCCUGUGGUAAACUUACGGUUAGGUGCACUGUUUGCAAUCAUGUUUCUGAUCAGUAUGAAAAUAUGAUGGAUCUAAUCGUUGAGAUGCAUGGGGAUGCGGUGUCUUUGGAGGAAUGUCUUGAUCAAUUUACAACCGAAGAGUGGCUUCAGGGAGAUAAUAUGUACAAAUGUGAUAGGUGUAAAGACUAUGUAAAGGCAUGCAAGCGUCUUACGAUUAGGCGCGCUCCAAAUAUUCUUACGAUUGCCUUAAAAAGAUAUCAGGGAGGUAGAUACGGAAAACUGAACAAAAGAAUAAGUUUUCCUGAGACAUUGGAUCUUAAUCCUUACAUGAGUGAAGGUGGGGAAGGAUCAGAUGUAUAUAAACUCUACGCAGUGGUUGUCCAUUUAGAUAUACUGAAUGCAUCAUUCUUCGGCCAUUACAUAUGCUACAUUAAGGACUUUUGCGGAAACUGGUAUAGAAUAGAUGAUUCCGAGAUAGAAAGUGUUGAAUUAGAAGAUGUCCUUUCUCAAAGAGCUUAUAUGCUCCUCUACAGCAGGAUUCAAGCUCGGUCGUCAUCAUCAUGUCUUAGAUCAGAAGUUCAAGAUGAGAAGAAAACAGACACAUUAGACACAGAAUCUUGCCUAAAGGAGUUAGUUGAGAGUUCGAUGGUAGGAGCUAUUGAAAGCAGAAGCAGCAUCCAUGCGACCAUUGAAGACCCUGAAUGUGAACAAGAAUCAUCACCAUCAUCAUUAUCAUCGUCACCAUCACCAUCACCAUCACCAUCUCCACCGCCAUCAGUGCUGAUCUCUGACUGUUGUAGUGAGGUUGAAAGGGCUGAUACAUUGGAAUCCGAGUCAAACCCUUCAAUUGAUGACUCUUCAACGGAUCAUCAAGAGGAUGCAGCAAAUGGGAACAAAGAUCCAGAGGUGAAAUAUCAGGCUGUCUUUACUUGUUCAGACCCUACAACGUCAAAUCCAUUGGUCUGUACACAAUUUAAGCCUCCUGUGAGAGAUAUGGAUACCAAGAUGAUCGACGCUCAAUGAUGUGGAGUUACAGACUUACAGCAUAUGAAAAUCAACAGAGCGUCUAGCUUACAAUAGGGAUGUAGGUACUAUUACACAAUGACUUAAAUAUGGUUCUUAAGGGUGAUUAUACUUAGAAUUUAAAUGUUCUUACUGGUGAAUUACCAAAUUGUUUGCCGUUCAUGUGACAGAAUCAUCAAGACCCUUAUAGUAGAUAGUAUUUUGUUGACUUAAAUCGACACGUUGGCUUUUUCCUAAAUA